UAUGAGAAGCAACAUGGGAAUACGCAUGGGAGUUGUUUGCAUCGUCUAAUUCUAAUUCCAUAAUAUUUCCAUCUAUUGUUUUCCGAGAGCUCCUCCCUCAAUCUCAUCGAGCUAGCGGAGAAAAAUAGGGCGGCCGGUGGGAAUUGUGAAAAAAGAAAAAAAGACGAAAUCUUUGAUGUUCCCAAGGUUAGUUUAUGGAUGAGGCGGAGGUUGUUUGUUAAAUGCAUGCAUACGCGGCGUUGAGAGUGGUGGUGGGGCAUGGGGAACGUGACGUCAAACGUGGCUGCAAAGUUUGCAUUUUUCCCACCAGACCCACCAACGUACGACGUGUUCAAAGACGAGGUGGACGGGAGGCUGUGUUUCACCGGGCUGACGGCGGAGAAGGAUGUGGACGUGCAUUUGCUGAGCACUCAGGCGGGGAACAAGAUCGUGGCAACCUUCUGGAAACACCCUUAUGCCAGAUUCACCAUCUUAUACUCUCAUGGCAAUGCUGCGGAUUUGGGCCAGAUGAUUGAGCUUUUCAUGGAGCUCAGAGCUCACCUCCGUAUCAAUAUCAUGAGCUAUGAUUAUUCUGGGUAUGGAAGAUCUUGUGGAAAGCCAACCGAGUUGAACACAUACUAUGACAUAGAAGCUGUCCUAGGUUGUUUGAAGAGUGAAUACGAAAUCAAGACUGAGGACAUGAUUCUAUAUGGGCAAUCUGUGGGAAGUGGGCCCACAUUACACUUAGCAUCUUGUUUGCAGAGGUUGAGAGCUGUUGUUCUUCACAGUGCUAUACUUUCUGGAAUUAGAGUCCUGUUCCCAGUCAAGACCACGUUGUGGUUCGACAUUUUCAAAAAUAUAGACAAGAUCCGGCAAGUCAGCUGCCCAGUUUUAGUAAUCCAUGGUACAGCUGAUGAAGUGGUGGAUUUCUCGCAUGGGAAGCGAUUGUGGGAGCUUUCGAAAGAGAAAUUUGAUCCACUGUGGAUACAAGAUGGAGGGCACUGCAACCUGGAGACAUUCCCUGAGUACAUCAUGCACCUCAGGAAAUUCAUGAAUGCAAUGGAAAAGCAUUCUGUGUCCAAGCGAUGCCAGGCCGAGCUUACUCAAUCCCUCAGUAUAACCGAAUCCAAACGCACCAGCAGAUGCUGGUUAAUCAGAUUCGGGAAAAGAUAGAUAUAUCAUAUAUAUAUAUAUAUAUAAACCCCUACCCUACCCUACCCUGCCUUUGCUCUCAUCUCAACAUACAAUUCAAGGAAUUGAAUUAAUUAAGCUCCACCCAGAUUGAGUAUUGAUUUAGAUGUUGCUUGGUUGUAGUUUGUUUGAAUUUGCAGAUCAGAUCAGAUCAGAGCAACAUACACAGUAUGUAGGUUUUUCUGUUCAAUCAUCACAAAACCGGCCAUAUGCUCCGAAUUAACCUAAAUUAAACUAGGAAUUAAUGUUAAAUCUUGGAUGUAUGUGUACCCAAAAUCCUAGUAUAUAUGUACAUGCAACUAGUUAAACCUGCCUUUUUACAUGUAUAUAUUAUGUAUACUGAAGUUAUCUUUGCUGUAACUCUUAUAUAUGGAAAUUAAAAAAAUUACUACUGAAAA